UUAUAUUUAAAUAAAAAAAUUGUUUGCGAUACGUAAUCGCCAAAGUGAUGAAUAUUCCAUCAAAAGACGUAAAUCUAGCUAAGGUUGGUGGAAACUAUUGUUCAGGGAAAUAUGAAUUACACAUGGAAAGGAGAGUAUAUUAAGACGUACGAAAAUAAAAUUUCAGACAUUUGCUGUUAGCGUUUGAGAAUCAGACGUAAAGAAGAAAAGUUACAAAAAUGCCACCACAGUCACGUACAGAUUACCAUCAAACCGUACAAAGUAAAUCUCAGCCUCAACUCCAACGUCAAUACAGAUGGAAAAUCGUCUGGAGAAACAUAUUCUUAUACUUACUCAUGCACGCCGGAGGUUUAUACGGAUUUUACCUAAUGUUUGGCACCACCCAAUGGAAAACAAUAUUUUACAGUUGGUUGCUACUAAUCCUGGGUCUACUUGGUACUACAGCCGGCAGCCACCGCCUUUGGGCCCAUAAAAGCUACAAAGCCACUCUACCCCUCAAAAUGAUCCUCGUCAUUUUCCAGACCUUGAGCCUCCAAAAAUACGCCUACGACUGGGCUACCGACCACCGAGUGCACCACAAGUACGUAGAUACGGACGCAGACCCCCAUAGUUCACGCCGUGGUCUCUUCUUCUCCCACGUGGGGUGGUUGUUCCUAGAACGAGAACCGGAAUUUGUGGAAAAGUACAACAAGAUGGACUUCAGUGACUUGCACGCAGACAAAGCACUAAUGUUCCAAAAGAAGUACUACUUUGUGUUUUUCGCACCAGUGGUCGGAAUUUUGUUACCAGCGGCGAUUCCGUGGCACUUCUGGGGCGAAACGUUCGAGAAUGCAUUUUUUAUAAGUACCAUGUUGAGGUACUGCUUGUGUACCAACAUCACGUUCCUUAUUAAUAGUUACGCCCAUGUUUAUGGUACCAAACCUUAUGAUAAAAAUAUUUGUCCGGUUGAAGUACCGACUCUCACUAUUCUAACUGGGGGUGAAGGGUGGCACAACUACCAUCAUACAUUCCCUUGGGAUUACAGAACGGGAGAGCUGGGGAAGUACAGAUUUAACUUAACCACGAGCUUUUUGGACUUGAUGGCAGCCAUCGGGUGGGCUUACGAUCUUAAAACUGUGUCCAAAGAAAUGGUUUUGAGAAGGGCGAAAAGAACAGGAGAUGGUAGUAGGGAGUUAGAUGAAAUAAUGGCAAAUUCUGGUCAUGGUCAUCACGACCACGACGAGCAAGUUUGGGGCUGGGGUGAUACGGAUAUGACCCAGGAUCAUCGCAGCUAUGUAGAUAUUCAUAAUCGAAAAUAUGACUAAAUUUAAGAAAAUUAGAGCAAACGAGGUGAAAGGUGAUGGGCGCGAUGCAAGAAGUCUCCGAUUAACACGAAUUUUAAGUUAU